AUGCCGAUUUACGAGGAAAAAUACAAUAUUCAUGUAUUGAUCUAUGAUUUGGGCGUAAACAACUGUUUAUCAAAUGACAGUCUCGUCGGAUAUCAAACAGAAAACAUAAAAAACGGACGAACUGAGCUCCGACUUACGACCCGAUCCUUCGAUCCCGAGAAAUUCGGAAUAUUUGAAAUUUUGGCAGACCCAAGUAUAACUCAAAUAGAGAUGAUACCAAAGGCGCUACGACUCGUCAACAUUUUUGAGGCUGUCGCGCUUGUAAAGUACAAAACAUCGAAUGAGAACAUGGCUGAAAAAAUCGAAGAGCUAAUAAAAAGCUUUGGAAUGUCGAUUAUUGGAGAGGAGGACUUGAUCAAAUUCAGAGAUCAUUUCGAAAUUGGCUUAGAAAUUUGGUCAAGGACUAAUCAAGGCAAUCAAAUUGGCCGCCAGAUUAGCAGAGUGAAACUAUUUACUCUUCUUGGAAGCCCAAUGAUAAAACUGGAAAUGAUCGGGCAAACACUUUAUUUCAACAAGGAAACAAGGAUGACCUUGAUAAAUGGAAAAUUCAACACACACAGUUGUCCGAUAAAAAAUUGUGCCUUCGAGACAACACAACGGUGGGGAUUUCGUCGACAUGUUGACACGUGCAGAGGCGAAAGUGUCACGGUGCAUAAGCAAAAAGUCUACGGCAAUGUCGUCGACGAAGACGUGGAGUUUUUAAAGACUUCGGGAUUUAUUCCAGACCGUCACAAGACACGAUUCAUUGCUUUUGAUAUCGAAUCCAACAACAUGAAAGAGGGCUACGACCAGCAAUCAAAGAUAAUAGGUCAUUUCGAGCUUCUUUCCAUCGGAAUCGUUACUACGCAGAAUAAAGAGCUCUUCAUAAAACGGAAGGGGGAUGAACAUGAUGAUCUGACUGAUCUGAUCGGGCAAUUUUGGGCAGCACUUAAACAUUGCCAAAGGAAAAUUGAAGAAACUCUUCCCGAUGAAAUAAUCAGAGGAAAAGAAUUUGUUUUGGAAAAACUCGCAGAUACUACAAAUAUGGACGUCAAAGAAAAAUCAUCCUGGAAGCGCCGGCUACGCAUUCUGGAAAGCUACAGUAAUCUCACUGUUUACUCUUGGUACGGAGAAAAAUUCGAUCACAACUGUAUUAUUGGACCACUUGUCGAGUAUCUGGCCUCGCAUUACGAGGAGGACUUUAAUUCACAUGAUGUUAUUCAACGAGGACGCGGAUAUAUGCUCCUCAGAUUUGGAAAAAUUGUCUUCAAGGAUUUCUUCAAUUUUUCGUCGGGCAAGCUAGAAGAAUUUGCAGCCAGCGUCGGAGUAAAGGAUCUCUCAAAAAUGACGUAUCCAUACGAGCUUUUCCAGUCAGCAACAGAACCUGAACUUUGGACCACUUUUCCAGAUUACACACUUUUUCGAUCGUCUACGUACAUGCCAUCGGAUAAAUUUGUAAACGAGGCAAAUAUGAAAAUUGAGGAGCUCAGCAAGAUACCCAAUAUACGACCGCUCAACGUUUUUGCAAAACUUCUUCAAAUACCUCGUGACCUACUUCUCCCAUUUUGGAAUGCGGCGGAAAAGAAGUUUUGUAAGUCUGAUGAGGCUCAAAUGUUCUUCCACACAAGUAUCGACAAGUAUACGGCUUCAAGAGAGUAUUUCGACGAUAAAUGCAAAUCGAUGGUAGAUUUUCUGAAAGAAUACAACUUACUUGAUUGCCGACUCUUAUUGAAGAGCAUAAAUGCGUAUGCAGAAGGCUUCUUGCAAGAAUAUGGAAUUGACAUUCACAAAAAACUCUCUCUGCCCGGUCUAGCUCAGCAGAUCGCAUUCGAUAAAUAUGACCCUGACUGUCAAAAUAUUUAUUCGAUCCCAGUUCCUGAAUUAAAAAACGACGUGAGAAAGCAUUUGAAUGGUGGCAUAUGCUGCGUUCAACAUCGUCUGCUAGCAAUAAACUCAGAAGACCAAACUCUACCGGAAGCCGCGCGCCGAGCCCCAAACGGAAAAAAAAUAAUGUUUAUUGAUCAACAAGAUAUGAACUCUCUCUACCCGUUUACACUUCAAAAUGAUCUUCCAACUGGGCCUGGCUUUCACCUCAAGAAAAUUCGAAAGAAGUUCAAACUUUUUUCAAUGGAUCGAACACAGACACAUGUCUCGGUCGAAUCGAUUCAGUGGCUGGAGUUUUUUGCGCAUUCAACUGGCUUAAAUGUCAUCCAUGCCUUCAAUAAAGGUGAAAAGAAAAUCGGCACCUAUUUUCUGGAUGGCUAUGCAGUCAAAAAUGGCCAAGCAAUUGGACUCGACUACAAUGGUUGUCGAUAUCAUCGCUGUCCAAAUCCGGAGUGCAAAGUCGAACGUCCGAUGCAAAAAGAGUCUGAGAAACGGCUUCAAUUUUUGACUAGCGACGAAUCGGGAUUAGAUUUGUAUCUCACGAUCUCUGGCUGCCAGUGGGCUGCCCAGCUUAGCACCCUGCGUGAAUUAGGCUAUGAAUUCCCAAGGAACUGGUCAAAACUGCAGAUUUAA